GACAUAGGUGGCUACCCCAUCUCCUUCUCCAUUUCCCACAUACCCGCUGCCGCUUCUCGCCAAGCCCCGACUUGUUAUUAUCUCAUCGACUCAUCGUCUCAGUGCAAAUUAAGAUCCAAUGGCGUCGCCCCGCCCCAAGAGGGAGUCCAUUGACUUCGAGGAUCCCCGCGCGCAGGAGGCCAUGGGAUCUGCCUCCGCAUCCUAUAGCCCUCCUGGAGCCAUCUUUGGCCUCUCCCCGCCGGACUCCUCACCGCGCGACAACCGGAAGAGAAGGAAGGACAGACCUUCAUGGGUCAAACAUACGUUCACACCUCAUUUUGACGGUCACUUGUGGAGGAAGUACGGCCAGAAAAACAUCAAGGACUCUGCCUUCCCCAGGCUAUACUACAGAUGCUCGUACCGCGAGGACAAGCGAUGCCUGGCCUCGAAGCUGGUGCAGCAGGAGAACUGCGACGACCCACCGCUGUUCAAGGUCACCUACACGUACGAGCACUCGUGCAACACCGCGCCCGUCCCGACCCCUGACGUCGUCGCCCAGCUGCCGCCGCCUCCCGCUUCCGGUGAUUCUUCCCUCUUCGUCAGGUUCGACUCCACCGGCGCCGCCCACAGCCACAGCCACGGAGACACGCACCGGGCGAUGAUGAUGGAGCAGGAACGUCAACGGCACUACCAGAGUCUCCCGGCCCCCGCGUGGCCGUCCAUGAUGCUGAGCUUCGAUUCGAGUAGCAGUCCCAGCCAUCAUCACGAGCAUCAUCCUGCCUUCCUUUCGGCCGAGUUGCCGCCGGCAGCAUCGUCGUCCACGUCGUCGUCGUUAUUCUCGACCGAGGCGGGGUUGCCGGCGCCGUCGACGACGACGACGGAUGGGGGCGACAGGUUCUCGACGUGGGACUCGUUGAGAUACGGGCUGAAUGACCAUGUGCAGUUCGGCGACCAUGUGUAUCUCCCUGACAGUGGCAAUGCUGGCGAUGAUCACUAUUGACAGUUAAUGUGUGUGCAGCAUUAAUGAUGAGCGACCGUAUAAGACACUGCCGAUUAUUUGACCUGAAGUUAAGUACGUGGUUAAUACAUAUUCUUUGUGCGAGAAGUACGUACAGAUCGAUGUUUACUUGCUCAUUAAUUUGAGCAGAGGAAGAUGUUUUGUGUAA